CCACGUCUUGUGCAGGCCCUUGUACUCGUAGCGGCGAUCUCGGAACGUGCGCACGGUGUCGACGUAGAACGGAUUCUCCCGCUGACAGACGAUCGACUCGCGCGUCUCGACUUUCGUGUCCUUCGUCUUUUUGUACACCUUGCGCGAGUAGUCGCCCAACCGCUUGUGCAGCAGCGCCGUCUGCUCUGUCGCAUUGAGCUCCAUGAACUUCCGCUGGGGCAUUCCGGGGCGUCGGCCAGGGAACGUCUCCUGGUUGAGCGCGUGCUUGAUCAUGUUGAACUCAUCUCGAUGGGCAGGGAAGAAUUCGCCCCGCCACGCCCAUUCGAGCCGCCGGUCGCAGGUUUUGCCUGGCCGGUUGUAGUCGCAGACCGCGCAGUCAGCUUCGUCGACCAUCGAGUCCGGCUGGAGCCGGUUGGACAACAUGAUGUUGGGAUACAUAGCCGCUACAUCCAGAUGGUAGAUCAACGGCUGGUCGUGUCGCAUCGGCUCGUCGCGCAGCAACUCAAGCGCCACCUGAAUUUCAGCCUUGACUUCAUCGUAGUUCGUCACGUCCUCCAGCGAGGCCUUGGACUCUUCAACGAUGCAGAACUUGAGCGCAGCAUCCAAAUCGUCGAUGAGCUGCAGCAUCAGAGGGCACAAUUUUGAAAUGCGUCGCAAUGUCACUUCGGAAUACGCCAGCCUCCA